AUGACGGUCGCGAAUGAAAUGGCUUUCUCUCAUCUCCGUGAAAAAGUUGCAUCCCACUUUCGCGGCAGAGAUCGCGGAGUUGACUUUACCUCGCCUCUCUCCGACGAGGUAUUCAAGGAAAUCUUCGAAGCUGUGACCAAGUAUGGCGUGGUUGUCUUCCGCAAGACGGGACUGACCGACGAAAGCCACAUUGCCUUCUCCCGGAAAUUUGGAGAGCUGGACGACGUGAAGCCCUACAUCGCCGCUGGUCGGAAGAAUUGUCUCAAAUACCCCGAGUUGUUCGACGUGAGUAACGUCGAGAUUGAUGGGUCUAUCCUCGACGCUGAUAGUCCUCGCGGACAAGCCAACAAGGGAAACGACUUGUUUCAUGUCGACUCCAGCUUCAAUCCUCGUCGUGCAGGAUAUUCUCUUCUUCUAGCUCAUGAGCUCCCGCCGCAAGGAAUGGGAGGACAUACGGCCUUCGCCGAUACCCGGACAGCAUUCGACGACCUACCAGCAGAGCUGAAAGAAGAACUUCUCACAAAGAACUACAUCGCUUGCCAUUCUAUGCAUCACUCACGCAAAAUGGCCGCCCCGGUAGCAUUUGCUCAUAUCAAUCCACUCGAUUACCUGAUGGGUCGACACAGGAUCGUCCAGCGACAUGAAACCUCUGACCGCAUGAAUUUGUACAUUGCAGCUCAUGUGCAUCAUAUCGAGGGACUUGAGCCAGCCGAAUCGCAGAGCCUCUGUGACAGACUGUUCAAGCAUGCCAGUCGCGAGAGCAAUACCGUCGAGAUCGAGUGGCAGGCCCCUGGUGACCUGGUCAUCUGGGAUAACACCUGUACAAUGCAUCGUGCUGUCGGUGGCCCGUUUCUGCGCAAUUAUAAGCGGGAUAUGAGGCGGACGACUGUGCACGACUCUAGCUUACAGGCAUGGGGCUUGAACGAGCACACAGAUGUUCGUCAGGGUCUGCCAUAA